UCGUCUCUCAUGUUCCUUUGUACCCCCCAAACUUCAAGACUUGUCCACAUGUCACGCUCACAUAUGUCUUAGUUUUAUGCAGAGUCAAUGACGAGCUCGUUAUAACUUUUUGCAUACAGAGAGUCUUGUGCUUUUCUUUAUUUCAAAGAAAAGAUAAAGCAAAGAAUUCCUGAUUUAUAAUCAAGAGAAAACGAAAGACGAAAAAGAGAGAGGAAGAAGAGUUAUGUUGAGAUCUUCUUCAGAUUGUGCUAAUGUCGUCUUACUACUCAUCUCGUGCGGCCUUAUGGUUCUGAGUUUCUCAGCUGAUGCGUACAAGAACUACACUGUGGGAGAGGCCACGGGAUGGUUCGAUAAUCAGGAGAAACCCUCUGCUAAUUAUCAGAAAUGGGCCGAUUCCAAAUCCUUUUCUUUGGGUGAUUUCCUCAUUUUCAACACAGACAGCAACCAUUCGGUGGUGCAGACAUAUGAUUUCAAAACGUACAAAGAAUGUGAUUACGACAACAAUGAAGACAAUAGUACGACAGAGUGGUCAGCUGCAAAUCCUUCAUCAACAUCUCCCGUUCCCGUCUCAAUAAGUGUUCCUCUUGUUAAAGAAGGCUCCAACUAUUUCUUCUCAGGAACUUAUGAUGGCGAACAAUGCAAAUUCGGACAGCAUUUUAUGAUCAAUGUAACACAUGGUCAGGGCCUGCCUGAUUUAUCAUCACCAGAUGAAGAUGCCUCUGCGCCUGGACCCGGGGAUUCUUCUCAGUCCGGUGAUGAUGAAGUUGCUCCUGACACCAUCGUCCCGGCCAAUUUCGACCAUCCUAAAGAUAUUGAGAGUGAUAAUGAUGAUAAAGAAGUUCGUGGUAGGAAAAGUUCUUCUUCCAUGACAAAAUCUAAUCUGUUUUGUUUAGUUUUUAUAGCAUUAUUUGUAUCACUUUAAUCAAAAUCUUCUUCUUCAGAACGGGAUUUUUUUGUAUGUAUAUGAGCUUUUUGUUUCUCUAAA